AUGGCUUUAACAAAUUCAAAACGUAUAGCAGCGUUUAGUGCGGUCGAUAAUCAUUUAGAUGCUUCAACAAAAAUUAUUGGUAUCGGAUCAGGCUCAACUGUAGUUUAUGUUAUUGAACGUAUAUUACAACGUGGUAAUUUGAAAAAAGUCGAAAAUAAUGAGAAUAAUAAUUUGGAAAGCCUCGAUGUGAGUAGUUGUGUUUUUAUUCCAACAAGCUUUCAAAGUCGACAAUUAAUCGUCGAUAAUGGAUUAAAUUUGGGGGAUGUUGACCAGUUAAGUUUUUUAGUGGAUAUUUUGCAUCUUUUCGAUGUUGAUAAAAAUUUAAACGCCAUUAAAGGAGGCGGAGCAUGUCAUUUGCGUGAAAAAGUUGUAGCAGAAAUAUCAAAAAAAUUUAUUAUUGUAGCAGAUUACACCAAAAAAUCCGAAGUUUUAGGUGAAAAAUGGACUCGAGGUAUUCCGAUAGAGGUCGUUCCAUUUUGUUACGUUUUGGUUUUAUCCUCUUUAAUAAAAUUGGGAUGCCAUAAUCAAAUUCUACGAAUGGCCAAAGCCAAAGCAGGACCGGUUAUAACAGAUAAUGGUAAUUUUAUAAUUGAUGCACACUUUGGACAUUUAAAUGGAACAAAUACGCCUAAAGAAAUAUUGAAACGGAUUAAAUUAAUAACUGGUGUAGUAGAAGUAGGUUUAUUUGUUGAUAUGGCAGAAAUUGCGUAUUUUGGAACUGAAGAUGGUUUAAGUGUAGAAAUUUUAAAAAAAUAG